CUUCCAUUCUAUGUGUGUCACUUCUACAUUCGUUCGGAGGAGAAGAGCAAAAACAAUCCGCAACUUUUCUCUGGUAGUGUUGGAUAAGAUAUGUUAACUUAAACAUCGUCUCGUUUAACUCAGUUUCGCUUAUUUUAUCCCAUACUCGGACAAAAUUGUCGGAUUGUUUGUUUCAACUAUCGUUUAUGCUGGUAUCAACUUUAUUCCUGACGAGAAAAAAAAUCACAAGCAAAAGCAAUAAAAAUCCGUUCAUUUUGUGAAUAUUAUCAAAAAAAAAAAAAUUUUAACAUAAAAAAUGCCAAAUUACGCUUGGGUUACUUUAGCUACGAACGAUAGUUAUGCACUUGGCGCUCUCGUCCUUGCAAAAUCGUUGAAAAGCCUUAAUACAGCAUAUCCAUGUGUUGUCUUAGUCACAGAUGGGGUCACGCCAACCAUGAGAACGACUUUGUCGGAAGUUUUUCAAACCGUUCAAAUGGUUGAUCUCUUCGAUUCCAAAGAUGAAGCGCACUUGAGUCUCAUCCGUCGACCUGAAUUGGGCAUUACAUUCACGAAAAUCGCCUGUUGGAAGCUCACGCAGUUCGAAAAAUGUGUCUUUUUGGAUGCCGACACGUUAGUUUUGCGUAAUUCGGAUUCCUUGUUUGACAGAGACGAACUUUCAGCUGCUCCUGAUGUUGGAUGGCCCGAUUGCUUCAACAGCGGCGUGUUUGUGUUCAAACCCAGCAUGGAAACGUACAAUAAAAUCACGGAAUUCGCUCUCACCGAAGGAAGUUUUGAUGGCGGCGAUCAAGGUCUCCUCAAUUCUUACUUCAGCAAUUGGAAAGAUGUACCUGCGAAUCAUUUGCCUUUCGUCUUUAACUGCUCCAUCAGCACAGUUUAUUCGUAUUUGCCAGCAUUUAAACGUUUCGAAAAGGACAUCAACAUCAUCCAUUUCUUGGGUUCACUGAAGCCAUGGCAAGUGAAUUUCGACUUUGAGCGAUGCGAAGUUGGAAGUUUGCCUGCCCAAUAUUACCAUUUGCGCAAAUAUUUCGGUCUUUGGUGGAAGAUUUUCUCCGAGACAGUGCAUCAAUCGUUGACAGAGGACAUGGAUAAAAGUGAUAAUAGUAAUAAGAGUAAUCAAAAUGUUGAUGUUGAGGGACAGGCGGGACUCGCUGGAUCUUUUGCUCGCGCACGAUUGGGAGAAGCCCGAAAACCUUGCAUUGAAUCUUGGCACGAAGGAAACAUCGAUUAUCUUGGCAUUGACUCAUUCUCGAAUAUUUUGAGCAAACUUGAGGAAACGUUGGAAAAGCCAGGUUCAUCGUCAUCGAAGUAAAUUCGCACAAAAUAGGACAAUUCUCAUCUAAUGCUGUUGAAAAUAGUUGUAGAUUUGGAGCAUUUUUAUAUUCUAUAUAUUUCGUAAAAUGUGUGUAAAUAGCCGUUGAGAGAAUAAACAAAAUUCAAGUUUUAAG